AUGGGUGUCGCAGCGGUAGAACAACCUCCAUGCCUCGGCAAGUGUGUCGUCCCAGGCGAGCCCAUAGCCAGCCUUCCUGAGACGGGGACUGUGCGAGUUGGGGGUGGGGUGCAGCAGGCUGGUCGGAGCCUCAUCGCUGUCAAGGCUGGGGUGGUGCAGCAGGGGCCUGGAGACAGCCUGUGGGUCUGCAAUCGUCAGAAGAGGUACAUCCCGAACCUUAAUGAUGCAGUGGUCGGAGACGUAGUGUUUUGCCGUGUGGAGGAGGCGGCUCGCGACCUCGACCCAGUGCUGACGUGCAUGGAUACUGCCGGCAAGGCGGCCGGCUUCGGCCCACUGAAGGGUGGAACCCUGUUCCAGGUUUCCACCUCCCACGCACGCACCCUGGCGUCUGGCCCGCCUUUCCUCGCGGCGCUUGGGCGCUCUCUGAAGUUCGAGCUGGCCGUGGGGGCAAACGGGCGGGUGUGGGUGGAUGCGCCGGGGCCCGCCAACCUGGCCCUCGUGGCUCGCCUGGCCAGGCAGGCCGAGGAGCUCGAUGCUGCUGGGGCCGUGGCAGCAGUCAAAGAGGCCCUGGCGUCUGGCUUGCGAUGA